AUGUCCGAGAAAAAUGGACAAGGAGCAGCAGUACAGUGGACGAAAGCAGGAGGAGGUGGAGGCGCAACGACAGGGCAUAAACAACAUCAACAGAUUCAACAGGGCAUCUCACCCAUUUAUAAUGCAAAUGUGGUGGGAGUACCACUAGGUUUAACAACGACGGCAUGGUCUGCAUCUGCAUCUUUAUAUGGCGCAACAAAUCAUAUAAGCGGUGGCAGUGGCAGCCAACAUGAUGUAGUAUCAUAUGCAUCUGCACGCUUUCAGGCGCCACCACCGUUGGAACACAGUAGUGCAGCAUCAUCGUCACACCCAGCAAUACCACACUCAGCGAGUUCGAGUUCUAAUGUACCUGUACCGAGUGGAUUUGUACCGCCGUCAUUUGCUGUUGCAUCGUCUGCUACAGCUGCUGCUGCUGCAACAACAUCCGUUUUAACACCAAAUCCAUAUUCUGCACCCACUAUAGCGGCUCAAAAUACCCUGCUUGCCAGUACAACUAAUCCACAUGGUCUGCAUCAGUCUGCCGCCCUAGCAUCUCAACAAUUUCCCGGGCAAACAUUACACGGACCCUUCGGCAUGGAUCAGUUUCAACAUUUAAAUGUUCAACAACAAUUCGAGCUAAGCAAAUUAAUGGCAGCUGCAACAUUUGGCUCGAAUCAAAUUGCCGCCUCUAUAGGACCAACAAAUUUAACAUCUUCCAGUAAUAGCGCUAGUGGUGGUCCUUUAAUUUCGGCGACAACGACCACAACUUCAACCUCCACUACAGCGUCAGCCCUCUCACCAUCAAUAAGCCAAUCUUCAUCUAGCCGUCAGCCACAUACUACACCAUCAAUACCAUUUGCCAAUACUGGAGGAGGAGGUGGAGACAUGGAACCAAAUACGAGUGUUGCUGGUGCCAUCAGCAAUCAACUGGCGGAACAGGUCAUUAACACAAUAAGUACAGGGAGUUCGGGUAGUAAAUUGGCCCCAACACCGAUACAUGGACGUCUAAUGGGUUUAGGUGUAAAUGCACCCGACGAAGAAAAACUGCGUCGUAUACAAGAGGUUGUCGAAUGGGGAAUAAGCGAUCACGCCAAACAGCAAAUUGUACAAAUAUUGGAUCGUAUAUCAACAUUAAGACCGGUAGAAAAGCUAUUGCUUUAUUUACGUUUGCCGGGGGAGCAACCAGAAACAGAUCCCUUGCGUCAACCACAAAAUCCCCUAGGAACUCGAUCUGAAAUUAAUCACACCAUCAAUUGGGUACGCACGCAUUUGGAACAAGAUCCACAGGUUUCAAUACCCAAACAAGAUGUAUACAAUGAUUAUUUAGUCUAUUGUGAACGCCUAAAUAUAAAACCAUUAUCAACAGCCGAUUUUGGUAAAGUUAUGAAACAAGUUUUCCCCGGCAUACGGCCUAGACGUUUGGGAACACGAGGCCAUUCGCGUUACUGUUAUGCAGCUAUGCGUAAAACUAGCAAACUACCAGCUCCACAUUUGCCAACGCUAACGACGACCACAGCAAAAUCAGCGAUUAAAGGCGAAACAAAUGCCGCCAAUGAAUCUGGCGAUACAUUUUCCGAUAAAAUCGAUGAAGAUCAAGAAGAAUCUUGGUCUGUAAUUAAACAGUGGGCUGAGAAUGUUCUACAUGUCAAGGUAAAUGAUGUUAAUGAUUUGGCAAAUCAAAUAAAAGCCAAUGUUGCCCUGCCUCAAGGGCAUCAUACAUCCUUUACGGCGGCAGGUACCACAAAAACUGGCAGUCAUAUGAUACAUAAGAAAUAUGCACAAAGGGAACCCAAAGAAAAACGAGUUAUGGCUGAUAUGGGUCCAUUAAAGAAGCGACGCAAAAAGAAACGCAAAGGUUCCUCUUCUUCUGAAUCCAGUUGCCAUCAGACGAAUACGGCAAUCGAACAGGGGUCAUCCGGACACGGGCCUCAGCUAUCCCCAGCCAAUAGUUCAAAAGGCAGUAGUCAACGCAAUCCUACAUCGCCACUGAUAACCGCCGCAGAUGAUGGACAAAAAUUACUUAACGCCACCACCACGGUCAAGAUAAAACAAGAAAUUGUUGAUUCGCCUGGGUUUGGAGCAGCAACAUCUACCAUUGUGUCGGCACAUUCGACAGACACUGAUUCCGCCAAGCACAUACCCAUAUAUCAUCAUCAGCAUCCACACAUAAAUCAACAAAGUCAACAACAGCCAAUUAAUUUGGCAGCUGAAACAAGAGGUGGUGGAGCACAUGCUGCUGGUAUCGGAGUUAGACCUACUUCUGCCAGCCUAACAGGCAGUGCGUUUGAGCAUGUGCGUUCGCCUGCAAUACCAACAAACUCAAAUUCAAGUACAACAACGGCAGUGAAAAAUUUAACACCAAAAAUUAUGGAGCUUGCGGUGGAAAACCAACCAACGCAACAAACUUCGGCAACAAUCCACAAUGCUGCAACCAUAAAACAAGAAGUGGGUGUCGAUGAUUACCAAACAACAAAUAUCUUUUGUAAAAAAGUGCGAAAAGCUCAAGAAUCAAAAAGCUUCUGGCCAAAUUCUCCAACAUCCAAUAAUAGAACAACAUCCCUAACCGUAACAAGUGCUUCCAGGCCAGUUCUACCCAUAAUAACAACAACAGCAUCCACACCACCUCCAGUGGCUGCAAGUGUUAUUACAUCGCCGAAUAACAAUGAGGCCGGUAAUAACAACAAUUCCAGUGCCUUGGGUCCCAGUGCAGUAGUAGUGCCAACAUGUUAUUCGAUGGGACCUCCGGCACAAAUGGCCCCCUCUACAAGCCCAAAUAAUCACCACGAGGACGCAAUGGGCCAGCCAAAAGUUGUCUCUAGGAAUUUGCAACAAUUGCGAGCCAAAAAAUUACUAGGCGUAAAUCCCGCAGCAUGUGAUCCGCCCGAUUUGAGUGCUGCCGUUAAAGAUGCCGCUGAUCUACCCGAGAAUUUGGGCUUACCACGUGAACGAGUCAUCAGCAUAUGCAAUAUGGAUAAACAUGAAUUAGACGACUACUUUUUACCCGAAGAAGAAAAUUCUGAAGACCAAGAAACCGAACUGCUUCAAUAUUUUCAGAUGGGAGACGCUGAGGAAAAAUUAACAAAAAAUUCUUCCUCCGAUGCUAAGCGACACAGUUAUCCAACAGUAACACCAGUGAUAUCAAAUACGACUCUGACAUCAUCCGCAUCAUCAUCGUGCCUAACAACGGUGACAAUGAUGUCUGGAGCGACAACUUCAUCGGCAGCCGCCGUUGGAGCAGCAGCAGCAAGACAAACCCUAACAACGAUGAAUGCCAGCAACAGCAGCAUUAAGCGUGAUAGCUCAACAAAUAAUGAAAUGAGCAACUUUAAACCGGCUACGAAGCAGCUAUCACAACAGGCUCUAAACUAUUUGAAAAGUUCGAAUGCAUCAUCUUCCCUGUUCAGUGCGAACAACAACAGCAGCAGCAGGGAGUCUUGUGGCAAAUUUGUAUCAUCUUCAAAGCAUUUAACAUCUGCUGUUGGAACUGCCUCAGCGUCUCUAGAACAUUUAACACAAAAGCAUCAUCAACAACAACAGUUGUUGCCAAAUCAACAACAAUUGCAACAACCUCCUCAACCACCCGUAAAGGUUUCGUAUAAACGUAAAAUAAAUUUAAAUGCUUCGUCAUCCUCUGAUAUAACGGCAGCAAGAAAAAAUUAUAUUUUCGAACCCAUAUCACCGAACAUAAAUAGCACAUCUACAACAUCAUCGGGUCACAACACAGGCGGAAAUGGUGGUGGGAGUCAUAGCACUAAUACUGGAUUUUUUGCCAGCCCCCAUUUUAGCCGCCAACUAACCAAACAACAAUCUUUAGACUCCGAAUCAUCGUCUGAUCCAAUGAUAGGUGCGACCCGAAGAAGGCGUACAUAUAUGACUACAAUGACAUCAGCUUCAGCUCCCCCUAGUCCAUCGGUACUGAAACAACAACACGAACAACAAUUAUUUGCCCUAUCAAAUAAUAUUUUUUUAGAGCAAUGGCCAACGGCAACGAACUCCUCGUCGGUCUUUAAUAGUUUGCAUGGUUCAAAUCAAAAUCAUGCUGCCAUGUUGGAUCAAAAUUCCCUAGAUUUAGAUUUAUUUGCCGAAGCAGCUGCUGCCACAGCCACCGCAUCCUCAUCAUCAAUCUGUGCCUCUCAAAACCAACCGCCAUUAGUUUCGCAAACAUCACUAAAAGAAAGCGAAACAAUUUUAAAUGAUUUGACACAACGUUCCCGUUCUGUGCCAUUGUCACAAUUGCAACGAUCACAUUCGCCUACCUUCAAUCGUGCUUUUCAAUUGAACUCCUCCGCUGCGGCCACAGCUUAUUCGGCGUGUAAUUCAUUGGCCCAAACGCCAAUACCCACCGAAUUCAUUGAUUCGGUAACAAUGCUCUCCGAGAACAGUUGCAGCCAACAAAGUUCAUCGAUCAAGCUGGAAGAAGUGGGCGGCAAUGUUGUGGGCUCAGAUUCGACUGCUUUGCUAGAUGAGGUGGACGUAAAUGAGAUAUUGUCUUCGCCAGAUUUUGGUAAAUUUUCCAGAAUUACACAAUCAGGUGGCAGUUCAACUGGUACAAAAACAUCUUGCUCGUCGGCAGGAUCUUCGUCCGGAUAUAGCAGUGCGGGCCAAUUUUCUUUAUCUCUCAGCAGUUACGGUGGUAGUAAUGGCAAUGGUGUAGGCGGUGCCAUUAUGUCAUCCACAGCUUCAAUUUCUCGAUCUGUGCCUUCAACACCAUUGCCGCAUCAGAAUCCAUCCUGUAUGCCGGGCAAUGGUAACAGUUUCUAUCGACGACGUUUUGCCAAUAAUUGUCAACCGCUGGGAGGUAAUUAUUUUUCAUCAACGGGCAAAUAUGGUUAUGGCAAUAUGAAUACAACACUGUCUAGAUCGGCAUGUGACAUAUCUAAAUCUAUGCCCUCCACACCCAUAACAACAACGCCGAGUAGUUUUCGCUAUAGUCCAACAGAAUUUACAAGAGAUUUCCUUAUAAAUGGCAAUACCAUCGAUGAUAGUCUAACAUCAUCAUUUGGCACUGUGGGGACGGAUAAUUUAAUGGGAUCAGAUGUGGUGGGUGUAGACGCUCCCCUACUCAACGAAGAGGAUUCACUAAUAAAUGGAUCAAGAGGCGAUAAUGAUGUUAUUUCUCCUGAUUUUUGUGCCCAGACCGCCGCGGAUUCAUCCAUUUUAAUGGGAAAUAAUAGUGGUUUGGGUGGAUCGGCGGUGGCGGCGGGAGUAUCGUCGACAACAACCGGAUCGGAUAGUAAUUUGCCUGAAGAGCAAGUCAAAAGAAAACGACGUUUAAAGCCGCAAAAGUCACAUGACUCCAUAAUGGAAGAAAACAUUUUAGAAAAUGAACCACAAAGUACAGAAACUGAUGAUGAUGACGACGAUGAUGUGGAUAAUGAUAAUAAUGGAGCUAUGAGUCUUUUGUUGGCCGAAGUUGGAAAGCUUUAA